AUGGUCGCGACCGAAGAGGCCUCGUUAGAAGCGUCGUUUUCCAAUCCGUACUCGGCGUGCGGUUUCAUCGGCGGUAUCAUCUUCUGCGUGUCAAUCCUGCCGCAGCUGAUCAAGACGUACCGUACCAAGUCCGCCAAAGACCUCAGCUAUUUCUGGCAAGCAUGUUACCUACUGGGUCUCAUCGGAAUCAGCAUAUACGGCGUGGCAUACAAGCUCUGGCCCGUGGCCAUCCCCCUUAUAAUCGAAAUCGUUUUCAUGGGCUGUAUUGGUUCUCCUGGUGUAGAUGAGGCUUUGGAAGGAGAUGUAGGUGGUAGUGGUACUGUUGUUAUUGCAGCAGACACAGAUGGGGUUUUAGAGCACAGGAGGUAUUCAGGGUCAAAGGAACCGUUGGACAUUGUAACUACCAGCGAGCUGGAGAUGAGAAGGCUGUAA